UGAAUCAUUAAAAUUGACGUUACGAUAACAACAUCGUCGAUGCUUCUUCCACAAAUCGUAUUGCAUCGCAUUUAUAUAAUAAAAAAUUGCGUGCAUCAAGAUAACAGAAAUAGUUUAUUCGUAUGAUUCAGGGAGGGAAUUUUAAAUCGGACUUAGGUUUUUAUCGAUAUAUGGUGCUUUAGUCUUUCUACAGCCAAAUAAUACUACGAUGGCACAGUAAAUUCUGCGAACUUUUCACUCAAAGCCACAGACAAAUUAACUAAAUUCAUGCACUGUUAAAUAACGUCUCCGUGGACAGUACAAAAAACAACAAAGAAACAAUUAUAUUUUUAAAGGAAUGAAUAAACCAAAAUCCGGCAAGGAAUGGGAAACGAUUGCCCGUUCGAUAGAAGAUGACAAGCAGGAAGAAAUCGAAACACUGGAAGAUUUGGAGGAGAAAAUGCGGAACACCCCCAGAGGAAUGUUUGUUAGCGGCUGGGAAGACCCGGAUGAUCUUAUUGAGGAAGACAAGGAUCCUAAAGCGUCACUUGAACGAUUAGCAUUAUGGGCUGCUGGGGAAAAUAAACUGGAGGUUUUAGAAGAGGUCCUCCGUAAAAAGCCGUCAGUAGUCUCAGCCGUGGACGACGAUGGUUAUACUUCGCUACACAAGGCCUGCUACAAUAACAAUCGGAUAAUGGUCGAAUUACUUUUGAGGUACGGUGCUAAUCCUAACGCACGUACCGAACUCGGCUGGACGCCUCUACAUUCGGCAUGCAAAUGGAACAGUGCAGAAUGUGUCGCACUACUGCUACAGCAUGGUGCUGAUAUCAAUGCCGUUUCGCAAGGAGAACAAACACCAUUACACAUCGCGGCCAGCGUGUCAAACUGCAGAAGUACGCUUAUGACAUUAUUAAUGGACGAACGGAUAAAGAUAGAUUUAUUAAACAACUCAGGUGAAACGGCCGCUGAUAUUGCAAAGCGAACUGGCCUUUCCUAUCCACUGUUUAAAAUGGGCCAUUCGGCUUUAACAGUAGAAACAGGAUUACUGGAUUAAUGUUAAAAAGAAAAAAUAGAACACUCGAAAAGUA